UGACGACCCUGGGGUCAGUAUCAUCAAUACUUAUUCAUAUCCACGAGGAACGUUACGUCUCCGUGAAGAAUAAAAUUUCGAUUUUCUGUUUCUCAACGUCUUCCAGUCUAAAACUCUAAAUCAAAAUGCGUGAGUGUAUUUCAAUCCAUGUCGGCCAAGCUGGAGUCCAGAUCGGUAAUGCUUGUUGGGAGUUGUACUGUCUUGAGCAUGGAAUCCAGCCCGAUGGUCAGAUGCCCAGCGACAAGACGAUCGGUGGUGGUGACGACUCGUUUAACACUUUCUUCAGCGAAACUGGAGCUGGAAAACACGUCCCAAGAGCCGUGUUCGUUGAUCUCGAACCCACAGUAGUUGAUGAGGUUCGUACUGGAACAUACCGCCAACUGUUCCACCCCGAACAGCUUAUCACAGGCAAGGAAGACGCAGCCAACAACUAUGCACGUGGACAUUACACUGUUGGUAAAGAACUCAUUGAUCUGGUGCUGGAUAGAAUCAGGAAAUUGGCUGAUCAGUGUACUGGUCUCCAAGGUUUCUUGAUUUUCCACUCCUUUGGUGGUGGUACUGGCUCUGGUUUCUCCUCUCUGCUUAUGGAACGUCUGUCUGUUGACUAUGGCAAGAAAUCUAAGCUUGAGUUCGCUAUCUACCCAGCUCCUCAGAUCUCCACAGCAGUGGUUGAGCCAUACAACUCUAUUCUGACCACCCACACCACUCUAGAGCACUCUGACUGUGCAUUCAUGGUAGACAAUGAAGCUAUUUAUGACAUCUGCCGCCGUAACCUGGACAUUGAAAGACCUACCUACACCAACUUGAACCGUCUCAUUGGACAGAUUGUGUCUUCCAUCACAGCAUCUCUGAGAUUCGAUGGUGCUUUGAAUGUUGACUUGACUGAGUUCCAGACCAACUUGGUACCCUACCCACGUAUCCACUUCCCAUUGGCCACCUAUGCACCAGUCAUCUCUGCAGAAAAGGCAUACCAUGAACAACUGAGUGUUGCUGAGAUCACUAAUGCCUGCUUUGAGCCAGCCAAUCAGAUGGUCAAGUGUGAUCCACGUCACGGCAAGUACAUGGCUUGUUGUCUUUUGUACCGUGGUGAUGUUGUACCCAAGGAUGUGAAUGCUGCCAUUGCAACCAUCAAGACCAAGAGAACCAUCCAGUUUGUUGACUGGUGUCCCACUGGAUUCAAGGUUGGCAUCAACUACCAGCCACCCACUGUUGUUCCUGGUGGUGACUUGGCCAAGGUCCAGCGUGCUGUCUGCAUGUUGAGCAACACCACAGCUAUUGCCGAGGCCUGGGCUCGUCUGGAUCACAAGUUUGAUCUGAUGUAUGCCAAGCGUGCCUUUGUGCACUGGUAUGUUGGAGAAGGUAUGGAAGAAGGAGAGUUCUCAGAAGCCCGUGAGGACUUGGCAGCCCUUGAGAAGGAUUAUGAAGAGGUUGGAGUAGACAGUGUUGAGGAAGAGGGAGAAGAGGAAGGAGAGGAGUACUAAAAACUCUGUGAUUGAAAAAUGUCAAUUUGUAUGGAAAACUAUUUUUAAAAUAAUAAAAUAGUGACAAUCGA